UCCCUCUCUUCACCACAACCCAAGAUGGAGUCACAGAUAGCCAUACAAGAAGCUGCUUCCGCUGGUUUGAAGAGCAUGGAGCAUCUCAUCCGACUUCUCUCUUCACAAUCCCCUUCUUCUUCUUCUUCUUCUUCUCACUACCGCAUCGAUCUCAAUAACCGUGACUGCACAGAAAUCACCGACUUCACAGUUUCAAAGUUCAAACAGGUUAUUAACUUGUUGAAUCGCACCGGUCAUGCUCGCUUCCGUCGCGCACCUUCUCAGCUUGACGACGACAAAUUCAACCAUGUCCAAUCAAAAGUCGUAGUGCCACCUCCUCCUCCUCCUCCUCCUCAGGGUUUGACUCUAGAUUUUGCUAAGCCCGUUCAGGUCAACAAGCCAUCAAUUAAUAAUAAUAAGGAUACAUCAUGUAGCACGUCGCUUUCUCCUCCCAUGUCCACCACCACCUCCUCCUUCAUGUCCACCAUCACCGGAGAUGGCAGCGUCUCCGACGGUAAGAUAGGUCCUUCCAUUAUCGCCGCUGGGAAGCCUCCCCUCUCCUCAUCUCACCGUAAAAGGUGUCACGACGCCACCCUUUCGUCGGGAAAAGCCACAUCCUCCUCCUCCUCCCAGUGUCAUUGCUCCAAGAGAAGGAAAUCCCGUGUGAAACGAGUGGUUCGAAUGGCGGCAAUAAGCUCAAGGAUUGCAGAUAUCCCAGGCGACGAAUACUCAUGGAGAAAAUACGGUCAAAAACCUAUCAAGGGAUCACCCUACCCUCGUUACUACAAGUGCAGUAGCGUGAGAGGGUGUCCAGCCAGGAAGCACGUGGAGAGAGCACAAGACGACCCCAACACGCUCAUCGUUACUUACGAGGGUGACCACCGCCACACCCAAACACAACCACAACCCGUUGGAUUUUCCCCUCACCAUCUUUCAUCAACGGCACUCACGCGUGCCACCUGAAAUUCACCUUUGAAAAUAUCCAAGGCAAAGUCAACUUUUGCCUUUCUUGUGACUUUUGUGGACGCCAAACAAACACUCGUCUACAACUUGAUGUAAAUUUGACACCAAAUAGUAUGAAAUACAAGUUUUCCUUCUUUGAUGA